CUGAUCAGUGAUUGCUUUCAGCUGUUUUUCCCAGAUGAUUUAGUUUUGCUGAAUGGAAAUACCUCUGAGAGGCAGAGUGAGCUAGAUCAUUAAUUUAGAAAUGUCUUUUUCUCCUUAGUGUGUGGGUCCAGCUGAAUGUUCUUCUGGGUGUCUUGCCACAGGACAAGGUCACUAUGGGGUUUGCAGAUUUUUCUGUGGUUUUGCUGCUGAUUGUAUCCUUAGUUUUUAGCGUCUCAGAUGCUAUUAGAACUCUAAAAGAAGGUCCAAUGAUUGAUGCUGAAGGAAGGGAAUAUAAAACUGUUAGCCUGGAAGACUUCAGCAGACCAAACCCUGACAUCAAAACCACUGUCCGAUUGGAGUGCACUGAAGUUUCCAUGAUCAUUUUCAUCCAGGCUAACUUCUACAACAAUGGUCGUCUAGUGUCCCCACAAGAGCUAUUUUUGGGAGAUGCCAAGUACUGGAAGAACAAACAGUGCCAAGCUGUUGAUGCUGGUGAUGGAGAAUAUAUUAUAGAAGCUGACCUAAAGGACUGUGGCUCUAAAUUAAUGGUUACUGGCAACAAUUUGAUCUACUCAAACAACUUGAUACUUUCUCCAGCCGUUGGUUCUCUGGGCAUCACAAGGGCUACUGAAGCUGUUGUUCCAGUUUCUUGCCGUUACAAAAGGGUCCACUCUGUGAGCAGCACUGUCCAGCAGCAACCCUUAUCUGUUUCCAUUUUUUCAAGGCUUCCUAUGGGAAGCUCUCCCUUUUCUCUGAGGCUGAAAACUGAUGACUGGUCAGGUGAGAAGUAUUCCAACACAGUUUACCUUGGUGACCCCCUGCACCUCGAGGUCUUGUACACUGGUCUGGAGCAAAGGAAGCUUUUCAUUAACUUCUGUGUUGCCACUCUGACUCCUGAUUCUACAUCAGUACCCAGAUAUUGCUUCAUUGAAAACUAUGGCUGCUUUGUUGAUGCCAGAGAUGGAGGUGUAAAUUCAGUCUUCAAACCCAGAUCGACAACCAGUUCACUUCAAUUCCAGUUUGAUGCGUUCUUGUUUCAAGAUGACUUGAGGAACACUGUAUUUGUAACUUGUGAGGUUAAAGCUACACGCCAGCUGUGGAAGAGCAGCCCCACAAAUAAAUUCUGCAAUUACAUUAAUUCGAGCUGGAAGAAUGUGGAUGGACCUGAUGGUGUUUGUCAGUGUUGCAAUGGUAUUUGCAGUAAAUGGACAUCUAAAGAUGAUGUUUGUGAUACUUUGACUCUGGGCCCAUUCAUAGUUAUUCCCAGGAAAUGAGCAAAAAGGACACUCUAAUCACCACAUUUACCCUGGCACAAAACUGAAGGGAACAUUAAUGGCAUAAUUUCAUCAGAAGAACUGCUGCAUGCCCAUGAAGCUGAUCUGAGCCUUUACCCUAAAUAAAUGUUUGUUUAAACAUGUU